GGAUAGACUUUGAAUUUGUGGAGGGUAAAUAGGAAAUAGUCAGUUAGUGUUUGUUAAUAUGGAAGCUUGAAUUUCAAUUUUCCAUUUAUAAUAUAUAAAUCAAGUGGUGGAUAACAGAUAGCAAUAAUCACGUGCUGCUAAUAUGCCGAUAAGUCAUGAACUUCCUCACCUCUGUGGAAAAAUACUGGUCCAUGUAAUUAUUUUAAAGUUGCCCAACCUGUCAGAUGUUUGCUGGCCAGUUCAUUGAGAACUAUAAUGACUAACAAAGACAUUGAGCUGGAUAAUACAUUUAAAGAGCUGUCUGUGGGAUGUUUAUUUCCAGUGUUCAGUUUAUCAUCUGAAGUGCCAAAGUAGUCAUUUAUCAUGGAAAAUGAAACUUUGUUACACUUGUAAUGACAGAUUUUUAAUCUAAUAUCCCUUAAACAGCAUGACAAAUUCAGAAAAUAAUUUGAUCUGCCUUUAUUUUGUAUUUAAUUUUUACAUCAACCAAUGAAUUAGCAUUUAUGUACAAGAUAUAUAUUUUUUUAGGAUUAAUCUAUUUCUGAUCAACUUCAAAAUAGUUUUUUUUUAUUUCCAAUCCUACUACAUUAUUUAAUAAUGAAACUAUGUACUUAAGAUCUUUAACAACUAAACUCCCAGUAUUCCGCUCUUGAAUAUGUAAUUAUUAGUCUUCUGUCUUAUUGAUAAAUGAGUAAUUUAUUAUUUAGAGUCCUUGCUUAAAUUGAUUUUUAAUUUCUUUAAACCAUAUUUCUUUCUUCAUAUUUAGCCUCUCCCUGAGUGUUUAGUUUCCUGCAGUGCAAGUGUUUGGACUCUCAGGGCCGCUGUUGACCAGUGUAGAGCUUCCCCACAUUAUUUCAUAUCUUAAACAGAGAAAGAGACAGUCAUUCGGCACACAACCGUCGUUGCAGACACCGGGAGAAUUCGGUGCUGAGAUUGGCUUCGGAUUAAAACCAGUUUGUGGAUUACUUUUUUUAGAGGAUACAUUGUAAUAGAGAGACUAUAACGUUUUGGAUUACAGUUUAUGUUUUCGUCUACCCUAUUUCUCAAAGAUAAAAUGUUGGACAGAACAAUGAGACGGCAAGUACUGUUGUUUUUCUCGAUUGUUUCUCUGAGCUCCGUGUUCGGGCAGGUCACCUACUCUAUUCCCGAGGAAAUGUCGAAAGGUUCUUUGGUCGGUAACAUAGCGCAGGAUUUAGGGCUGGACGUGAAAAGAUUAAAGUCAGGUAAAGCUCGCAUAUAUACAGAAGACAAUGCCGAAUACAUCGAGCUAAAUAAAGACCGAGGAGUCCUUCUUGUGAAAGAGAGAAUCGACAGAGAGACGCUGUGCGGGCAGACAACACCUUGCGCUUUACAUCUUCAAAUCACACUCGAAGACCCGAUUGAAUUCUACACAGUUACAGUAGAAAUUAAUGAUAUUAACGACAAUGCACCCAGCUUCAAAAAGGAAGAGAUGAAAUUUAGGAUCAGUGAGUCGGCUGUGAUUGGAGCAAAAUUUGUGUUAGAGAGAGCUAUGGAUCUGGAUGUCGGUGUGAACGGGUUGCAGGGUUAUACUCUAAAGCCUACAGACAAUUUCAAUUUAAAGCUCCAAAAUCAGCAAGACGGAAGUAAAAAGGUGGAGAUGGUUUUACAAAAACAUCUGGACAGAGAGGCGCAAGAGCAUCUCUCGUUAAUUCUGACAGCCACUGAUGGCGGUGAUCCUCAGCUGUCGGGAACAAUGCGAGUAGAAAUUUCAGUGCUAGACGUUAAUGACAAUGCCCCAGUAUUUACUCAGGAAGUAUACAAAGUCACUAUAACGGAAACCGCUCCAAAGGGCACAAUUUUAUGUACAGUAAGUGCUGUAGAUGCAGAUCAAGGAAUAAAUGGUAAAGUGUCAUAUUCAAUUACAAACACAUUGGAUGAUGUACCUUCUUUGUUUCGAAUAGACGCAGAAAAUGGUUUGGUAUCUUUAUACGGAAAUCUGGAUUAUGAAAAGACGAGUCAUUAUGAAAUACACGUACAAGCUAGUGAUGAUGGAGGACUGACAGAUUCAUGUAAGAUUGUUGUCGAGGUGACCGAUACGAACGAUAACCAUCCGUCUAUUAAUAUCAUGUCGAAAACUAAUUCAAUAUCAGAAAAUUCUAAGUCAGGAACUGUGGUAACUAUAUUUAAUGUUCAAGACCCCGACUCUGGAGAAAACGGCAAAGUCACUUGCAAUAUUAAAGAAAACAUGCCAUUUCUGAUGAAAACGACGUCGAAAAAGUUCUUAAGCUUAGUCACAGACGGUGAUUUAGACAGAGAGAUCGCCUCUGAGUAUAACAUCACAGUGACGUGCUCUGAUGAGGGAGUGCCCUCUCUCUCUAGCAGCGUCACUCUCACCUUACAGAUCUCUGAUGUGAAUGACAACGAGCCUGUCUUUGAGAGGAGCUCAUAUGAGGCCUACAUUGUAGAAAACAACACACCAGGCCUCUCUAUAUUCACAGUGAAAGCCAGAGACGCUGACUGGAACCAGAAUGCCCGUGUUUCUUAUAUCCUGGAGGACUCCUCUGUUAACGGAGUACCAGUCUCCUCAUAUGUUUCCGUCAGUGCUGAUAGUGGAGUCAUCCAUGCAGUGCGCUCUUUUGACUACGAGCAGAUCAAAGACUUCCAGUUCCGCGUCAAAGCGCAGGAUGGAGGCUCCCCUCCACUCAGCAGCAACGUGACAGUCAAAAUGGUGAUCCAGGACCAGAACGACAACCCCCCUCAGGUCCUGUACCCAGUCCAGACUGGUGGAUCAGUGGUGGCUGAGAUGGUGCCUCGUGCAGCUGAUAUGGGCUACCUGGUGACUAAAGUGGUGGCUGUUGAUGUGGACUCUGGACAGAAUGCCUGGCUCUCGUAUAAACUGCAGAAAGCCACAGACAGGGCGCUGUUUGAAGUGGGUUUACAGAAUGGAGAAAUCAGAACUAUCCGCCAAGUGAAUGAUAAAGAUGCUGUGAAACAAAGACUGACUGUUAUAGUGGAGGACAACGGGCAGCCGUCUCGUUCAGCUGCAGUCAUUGUUAACGUGGCGGUGGCGGACAGCUUCCCUGAAGUGCUGUCUGAGUUCACUGACUUUACACACGACAAGGAGUACAAUGACAACCUGACUUUUUACUUAGUGCUGGCUUUGGCUGUAGUGUCCUUCCUCUUCAUCACGUGUGUAGUGGUUAUUAUAUCAGUGAAAAUCUACAGAUGGAGACAGUCUCGCACCCUGUUUCACUCCAACCUCCCUGUGAUUCCAUAUUAUCCACCACGUUACUCAGACACUUUGGGCACAGGGACUCUCCAGCACGUGUACAAUUACGAGGUGUGCAGGACGACUGACUCCAGAAAGAGUGACUGUAAGUUCGGCGGAGCUGGUAGUCAGAACGUGCUGAUAAUGGACCCCAGUUCUACAGGGACCAUGCAGCGGAUACAGAGUGAGAAGAGCAUCCUGGAUGAACCAGACUCUCCUCUAGAGGUUAGGAAACUGCAACAUUUUAAAUCUUUCAUAUAAUGCAAUUCAAAGUCAUGAUAUUGGUACAUGCAUUCAUUAGUGUUGAGUCUUUCAGCAUAGAUCCAAAAGUACCAUAUUGACAUGGCUGAGAAGGUUAGGAAAGGGUACAACAUAUUCAUUCAGCACCAUAGACAGCGACACCCAACAUUGAAACCUUAUUGAAGGUGUUCAAAUGUAAAUCUUUGUAACUUUUUUAUGAAUUCUUACUAAUCGAAACAACAAUCCAGAUUGGUCUAUUAUAAUUGUAGCAUUAUAGAUGUUGCUGAUGGACUUAAGUAAAUAUUUAUUUUAUAUAUCCUAGAAACAUAUCAGUAUGAUAAUUCAUUGGCAAACUUUUCUCUAUUUUUUGUUCAGUUUUAUUACACGUGUGGGACUUUGCACUGCAAUG